CUCAGGCAGAUGAAAGGGAUUCCUUAGGAGCCAUUUGGGAGGGCUUCCACCUUUGGGGUGUUCUAUACCCGCCAACACCAGGCGUGUAAUAACUGCUCAAAUGGGGUUUGGAAAAGCACGAAUAAUUCAUUUACAGGGACAAUUUGGAAUGGAUUUAAGCAGAUAUUCCUGAUGCUGAAAGACUCGUUAGCUUCCAGAAAAUCAGACAAAAACCCUUCAUACCCACUUCCUAGUGUGAGGCCACGUCCCUUUCUACGCUCCCACCGGGGAAGGUCGGCCGGCCCCGCCCACGGUGGCGAGGAAACAGCCUGGUACGGAAAUGCCGCGACAGGGUUCAGACCCUGCUGUCCGAUUUUCCCUUCUCCACGAGACCCUGCAGGGUGCAAUCCCGUCAGGCAGGUAGACGCCGGCCGGGAGUCUGCGGCUGAGCCCGGGGCAGGUGGGGCGCCGUCGGUAGGAAAGGUGUGGAGGGAAGCGGUAGCAAGAAUGUGCGCGGCCGGGAGGCCAGAGAUCGGGACCCCCAGGUGGCCCCGGACCGGCGGGGCGACCCUGGGGGAGCACUCCGUCUCUGGGCGAAGGUGUAGAGCGGACUCCGUCCGGCGGCGCUCAGUCCUCCCCCCUCUUUCCUGCCCAUCUUUGCCAGCCCGACGUGGGGAUGCUGUCCUUGCUGCUCUGCGGCGUGUCCGUCGCUCUUCUACCUGUUAUCAGAGCAGAUGCAUGCGACAUCAUUAGUGCGCAAGACGAGACGCCUUCAGUAGGCCAGCCUUUUGCUUUCAAUUGCACAUACCCUCCGCUAACAUCUGGGAAAGUGUAUGUAACAUGGUACAAAUAUCCUAGCAAGAUCCCAAUAUCUAAAAACACACAGUCUAGAAUUCACCAGGACCAAAACUGGAUUUUGUUUCUCCCCCUGGCGUGGGAGGACUCCGGGAUCUACCAGUGUGUUAUCAACAAUACAGACACCUGUCACAGAAUACACGUAAACCUAACUGUGUUUAAAAAAUAUUGGUGCCAUGCUUCCAGAAACAGUCGACCGUAUUCAUUAGACGAGUACCAACAGAUAUUACAUGUUGGAAAAGAUGACAGUCUUACAUGUCAUCUGAACUUCCCAAAGAGUUGUGUUUUGGAUUCAAUAAAGUGGUACAAGGACUGUAAAGAGAUUGAAGGAGAGCGGUUUGCUUCUUGGGGCAUAAAGCUUUCGGUGAACAAUGUCUCAGCAGAGGACAGAGGGUACUAUGCAUGUCAAGCCAGACUGACACACACAGGGAAACAGUACACUGUUUUCAACAGUAUUACUGUCAAUGUCACAGAAAAAGUUGGAAAUGGAAGAAGAAUCCCUAAAAUCAUUUAUCCAAAAAACAAUUCAAUUGAAGUACAACUUGGCUCCACCCUUAUUGUAGACUGCAACAUAACAGACACGAGGGAGAAUACAAAUCUACGGUGUUGGAGAGUCAAUGACACUUUGGUGGACAUUUACUACAGUGAUUCCAAACGAAUCCAAGAAGGAAUCGAAUCCCACAUUUCUUUUCAGGACCAUAAUUUUUACACAGUGAACAUAACCUUCUUAGAAGUGAAAAUGGAAGAUUAUGGCCAUCCUUUCACGUGCCAUGCUGGAGUGUCUGCUGCAUACUUCACGUUAAAACUCCCAGUUCCAGAUUUUCGAGCUUACUUGAUAGGAGGGCUUCUCGCCUUGACAGGUGCAGCAGUGUCUGCUGUGUGCAUCUACAGCAUUUUUAAGAUCGACAUUGUACUUUGGUAUCGAAGCGCCUUCCAUUCUACUGGGAGCAUAGAAGACGGGAAGCUGUAUGACGCCUAUGUCUUAUACCCCAAGCCUCAAGGAGCAAGGCCGAGCCAUGACGUGGACACGCUGGUGUUGAAGAUCCUGCCCGAGGUGCUGGAGAGGCAGUGUGGAUAUAGGUUGUUUAUAUUUGGCAGGGACGAAUUUCCUGGACAAGCUGUGGCCAAUGUCAUCGAUGAAAACAUUAAGCUGUGCAGGAGACUGAUCAUCAUCAUAGUUCCCGAAUCGCUGAGCCUUGACCUAUUAAAGAACAUGUCGGAGGAACAAAUCGCAGUCUACAAUGCUCUCAUCCAGGACGGGAUGAAGGUCAUUCUAAUUGAACUGGAGAAAGUCAAGGACUAUACAGCCAUGCCAGAGUCAAUUCAGUACAUCAAACAGAAGCAUGGCGCCAUCCAGUGGAGUGGGGACUUCACAGAGCAGUCGCAGUGUGCAAAGACCAAGUUCUGGAAAAAAGUGAGAUACCACAUGCCACCCAAAAGGUAUCCACCAUCUUCUUCUGUCCAGCUGCUGAAGCACACGCCCUGUGACCUCACGGCUGGCAAGUGGGAGGCCCAUGUGGGGUUCAUCACACCAUGAUGGAGAGUUUGUCAUCACAGGGUGGCUCACAGUUGGACAAGGAUGCAUUCCAUUUGGGAUGUCUGCGUGAAGCUUGCCGUUGUGUACCUGCGAGAGGGCCUGUGUUGGUUUGCUUGUUUUGAUCAGAACUGCUUCUUUAGAGAAAGACAUCACCUCCGCAGAAGGCCCUCUGAACACUCGUGAACACUCACUGAACACUCAUGGAGUAGAUUUAGCAUUUGGGCCCCUGGGGAAUGGGUCACGGAGGUUGUACAGCUCAAGUUUGGCACAUGGUGUGGCACCCCUGGGGCUGGAGAUGGGACCCUCGGCAGUCAUGGGCUUGGGGAGGGCUGGCAAGGAUAAUGACACUUUUUUCAUGCCUGACCAGUGUCCACAGGGCCCUGUUCCUCAGGGAAUAUUUGCUGUCUCUCUGAACCCCUCUCGCCUCUCUCGUGCAAAUAAAUAGCUGUGACCACAGUCUUAGUGCAUCGAUAGUGGAAGUGACUUAGAGAUCACCUAGACCAGUGGGGACCACCUCUGGUGCCACCGGAUUGCCCUUCAAUCACCCUCCCAGUGGGUGCCAUGCUUUGAAAAACUUUUAUCUGUCAAAUCAAAAUAAGUAAUAAUUCACUUAUAUACCAGCUAGCCUGUGUCAGCCAGAAUUCUGAGCUACAUAUAAGAGAUGGCAGUUACUACACCGAGGUGAUGUAAUUCUAGUCCAAGUAAAAUGAAGUAAUUUUCAGCUAGCCAGUGUGCUCUCAUCACUGGUCAGUUUCUGACUUAACAAGUCACAAAGAUUUCUGAUACUAAAAAUUAGCUGUAAACUCUCAUCACUACUUUGAAAGACUCUACCUCGAGGAGCUUAGAUAGAGUCCAACCCUCUCAUUUUGUGUUUGAUGAUACUGAGCCUUAAGAAGUGGGCUGCUAUGGUCACAGUGAGGGGAGGCCAGAUACUCUAUUUUAUUAUGGGGGCAAGGGACGACCACCAGAAGUGAUAAGCUCAUUAAGGUCCUUCUAAUCAGAUGUUUGUAAUUUCUUUGCGUCUUGGUUUCUCUCUCCAACAUGGGAAUCAUAAUUCCUCAUGGAGGACUGGCCAGUUUAAGUAAAAUAAGCUAUUUCUCAUGGUAUACUCAAGAGGCAAAUGAUGGCUACCGAAUGUGCUCCUCACUCCAUCCCCCUCGUCCUCCCCUGGUCUUUUCUUCUCUGGGUUAGGACCUGGAGAUCGUCUGUGACGCUGGAGAAGGCUCAGUGGCUCUAGGACAUCCGAAUGACACUCUGCCCUUCACUCUGUCUUUUGUGGACCUCGUGUUACAGUGCCUGGCUCAUGGGACGUGGACACAGCAGAUAGCCUCCUGAGAGCAGGUGACACUGUCUCUGGCCAUUUGACUGACCCUUGGGCAGUAAAAUCUGGACUACAGUGAGUGGGUGGUCCCUGGCUUGUGGCUUGGUGAGGAUUUGGGGAAUCCCCCCAUUCUGAUUUGGGAAUAUACCCCCGGCCUCCCCCUUCCUUCCCAGCUUCUCUCCAGAGAGUGAAGGGAGACAGAGCAGCCCCAGUGUCGGGAGAGAGGGCGAGACCCUGGGCUGUGUCUUCUCCAAGGGGCCCUCAGCACACUUGUGAAUUUUAGAAAACUUGAGAGUCUUCUCCAGCGAGUAGCCACUUGUAAAUGAAUGACUUCAUCCACGGGACACCAGUUGAGGCUGUCAGAAAAAAGAAAGCCAGCCCAGCAGAAGCAAAGGUAUUUUCUGCGAAUGACUUAUGGGAGGCCAGCACUGUUGGUGAAUUAAUUGGAUUUUUUUUUAAGUCAAAAAGCUUUCUUCCCUCCCAUAUGUGUCUUAUGUUUCUUUUUGUUUAAAAGUACGUAAACAUGUAUUAUUAAUGCAAUAAUAUUAAUGAAUUAUAUCAACAAAUUGUAAUUUCUUUGUUAUUAAAAUGUGUUUUAUGUCCUAUAUAAUAGAUUCU